CCGUACGUACGUCAGCCCGUCCGCAGGGACAAGAGGCGUCCGAAGAGAGUUUCGCCUGGUUGUCAUUCCCAGAGGAAGCGGAGGGUGUGAUCACAAUUUACCUGUCCGCUGUUACCUGGUGCUUUUACAUGUCGGUCGUCGAAUUUCACUUGUUGUAGGACGUUAAACACUGGCUUUACUCAGGAGUAAGACGGAGAAAGCGAUAAAGGAUGUUAAGAAGACCCUGACUCGCAGCUCCAACAUGAGUGUGACAUCAUGGUUCCUGGUCAGCAGCUCUGGCACACGCCACCGGUUGCCACGGGAGAUGAUCUUUGUUGGCCGGGAUGAUUGCGAGCUAAUGCUACAGUCACGCAGUGUGGACAAACAACACGCCGUGAUCAACUAUGACCCAAACACAGAUGAACACAUGGUAAAGGAUCUGGGAAGCCUGAAUGGGACAUUUGUGAAUGACCUCAGAAUCCCAGACCAGACGUACAUCACCCUCAAGCUUUCAGAUGUUAUUCGCUUCGGUUAUGAUGCUCAUGUUUAUAUCUUGGAGAAGAAUCAACACAAGGUCCCAGAGGAAGCUCUUAAACAUGAAAAGUACACCAGCCAGUUACAGCUUAGUAUAAAAGCCCUGGAGGCCAAGGCGAAGGAAAAACAGCUACUCCAGAGCCCAGAGAAGAGCAAAGACUUUGUCUCAAAAGUUAAACUGCAAGACAAGGCCGAGAGAAGAGCCCACUCACUCACAGCGCCUACAGAUUCGCCGAUAUCCAAGCCUACUCCACUGUACGGCCAGCCAUCGUGGUGGGGGGACGAUGAAGACCCAGCAAACAAAAAACAGAGCAGAGGAGGAAAGCAGCCAGGACAGGAGUCAUCAGAGUCUGCCAAAGAGUCCUCCAGAUAUGAGGUCAACGGUUCUCUGUCUGACAGCCAGGCCAAGUCCAUUUUCUCCUACCGCCGAGAGCCCAGCUACUUUGAGAUCCCAACAAAGGAGUUCCAGCAACGACCUGCCAAGAAACCCGAGCCACAAGUUUACGAAGUUCCAACAAAGGACACCCCAAAUUCUUCAGAGUCUGUCCCCUCCACCCCCACACCUCCUGUGGUCCAAAGCCAUGCAUCCUUCACUAUUGAAUUUGAUGAGUGCACACCAGGCAAAAUGAAGAUCAAGGACCACAUUACAAAGUUUUCAUUCCGCCAGCAGAGAAGGCUGUCAUCCUCAGAUAUUGCUACCACACCAACUGAGGUGAUGUCAGCAGAAAGUAAAGUUGCUGAUUGGCUGGUCCACAGCAAUGCUAGCAUGAUGCGGAGGAGGUCUCGGACUGAAGACAUGUACAGCACAAACAGUGAUCCAUCAAUGCUCAAAAGCACAAAGACAAACCACUGGGAAGAUGGCACUCGCAGUGAUUCAGGAAGGAUCAAUGGAAAUGAAUUUCUCAACUCAGAACCUCAGCCUAUGCCCCAAGAUUCUCCACAACCACUGAGAAACUCCCCUCCUCAACGUUUUGCAUCUCCCACCUCAGAGGAGCCCUUGCCAAACUCUCCACCAGAGUCUCAGUCACUUUCUGGGCUUGGCAAGGCUGAGCCUCACCAAGCUUUUGUUAUUGAAUUUUUUGAUGAAAACUCAAGAAAGAAGCGUUCUCAAUCCUUCACUACCAACAGUACGCAGGCUGAGCUCCCAGGGCAAAGGCCACAAGUGGACAAGUCAAGGAAGAGUACAAGCCCAACUGAGGAGAGACAUUCUCCAUCUCCCGCCUCCACUACUCCCCCAACCCAGCGAUACACUGUCCCCUUGAAAGGUCCUGCUUCCACAGGUCACCAGAGAGCUGGCUCUCUGAGAAGGGAGAAGGCAGAGGACCGAAUCAGCAACAGCUUCUCCUCUCGUUCUACAUCCUCUGUUUCUAUAAGGCCGUUUAGCAGCGUUGGACGGAAAUCCAAACUUGCCCAGGAAUUUACAGCUGAACUGCUCAAACAAGCAAAGCAGGGGUCUUCUUCUAAGGAGAAAAAUGCAUCCAGUUCUACUGGCGCUGAAACAGCAGCAGUGUCUUUGUCAAAUACUCCCUACAAGCCACAGACCUCCUCUCCUAUCUACAAACCUGUUCCCCUCAAGGCUCCAGUCAUGCCACUAGCAGCUGAGAAAGUGGAAAUCAAGGGCCCCCAGGGUGGCCCCAGAAAUGAAGAGGAAGACAGUUUGAGUGAUGCAGGAACCUACACUAUUGAAGCAGAUGUCCAAGAUAAAGAGCUGGAGGAGGCUCGGAGCAAGAUAGACCAGGUGUUUGGUGUGGUUGACAGUCCAGAGAGAACCAACCAGAGUGAAGCAGAAACAUCAGCCACAUUUAGGCCUGUUAUUGUUGAGGACAGGGAGCAGCAUAGACAGAGUAGCUGUGGGGAGGUUCAGUCGGCAGGUUCAGUCUUACCAGGGGCUCCUAAGUGGAUGUCCUGCUGGGCCAGCUUGGCAGACAGCUACACAGAAUCUGGCCCUUCGUCUAGCCACUUUGACACCUCUACCCAGAUGGAGCUGUCAGGAGGGGCACAAGGACCAGUCAGGCACAAGGCCACGCUCAGCCAGGGCUGUGACGGCGCAGACACCAACAGUUCAGGGGCCCAAACCAUCCUGUCUAAGGUACCACCAGGACAGAAGAGUGACAUUCCAACUCCCAGUAUUCAUGUUCAUUAUGACCUGCAUUCAACAUUUGAUGUCGACGAGAGCAGCUCGGUGACCCCCAGAUCUCAGUCCAGCCUUCACAGGUUGUCAGUACAGGACGAUGUGGAGCCUGACAGCCUGAGUGACGCCAGUAAGUCAGAUGAUGGCUCGAUCAUAGAACGGAGAAGGAGACCUCUGCCUGACACAGAAGAGAGGAAAAAAGAGGAUAAUCCCACAAUGUCUGUCAAGUCCACAUCAUUUUACAUUGGGUCAGAUGACACUGUGUCUAAAUCAGAAGAUAGGGGCUCAAAACCAAGCACUCCAAAGAUGGAGAGAAAACAAGUAGCCAAAACUUUCUCAACAGCCACUCUGACCAAACGUAGAAGUAGCCAAGACUCUGGAAAGGUUAAGCCCAGUGGGUCAGCGCCUGUCCUGAGAGCUCAGAGUCCUGAGACCAGGGAGGGUGGAGUAACGUCUCUGGUCAGACAGGAGAGCUUCACCAAGGACCGGCCCAGCAAUGCCAGGUUACCCAACAUCUCCAGCCAGCCCAUACAGAGGAGCCCAGAACCAGAAUCAUUCCCGGGGUCCUGCAAUCAGGACACUCGCUCUUAUCUCAGAGAAACUGAAGAUGUUCUAGUUGCUCUGGAGGCCAAGCUCCAAGCAGCACAAAGUGUACCCACGCCAUCUCCGGUAAUGGACUCUCUUUCUGGGGAAUCUGAUGUGGACACCUCUAGCACAGUCAGCCAACACAGCAACAGGACCAAGCAAAACACAGUAACUGCAAAACCCUCUAAUAGUGGCUUUCACAGGGAGAAGUCUUCAAUGAGUACAGCUAGUCAGGACUCUAAUAACCAAUCCUCUGCAUCUGAGCGUGUGACAGAAAAGCGAUUCUCUCAGGGAGUAGACAGAAACCAUAAGACUGAGACUUUCAGAAGACCAGUUGGACUUCGACGUAGUUCAGGGAAAUGUGGCUCCACUGAUCUAAGUGACGACCCUCAGGGCUCCAAUGUUCCGUUUUCUGAUCAAGAAUCAAACGCAAAACACACAAGCAAGAAAUACACAGUGCCGCUUCAGAGGGAGGAUGCCAAAAACUCCAAAGUGGCCUUAGGUCGCACUAACAGUUUAUCAGCUCCAAGAGCCACUAGGGCAUCGAUGCUCCGAAGAGCUCGCCUUGGAGAGUCUGAUAACGAGGGCACAGAGACAGACAGGCUGUCGCAGGAGGCAGGCAAUGCCCCGGUAAAGCAACCCCAGGAAACCAAGAAACUCUCCAGACUGGAUAUGCUGGCAAUGCCACGUAAGCGGACCAGUUCUUUCAACACACCAAGUGACACUGAAGCCUCUUCCACCCCACAGUGGACAGGCAGGACCACAGGAUUCUCCAACCGCAGCACAGACGGCAGCGGCACCUCUGUUCGCAGGGCCUCUGGACCGGGGCCGAAGCCGGCUGAAAGACCACAGAAAGCAGCACUUACUAAGGCCCCUGUCAGUCGAGGACGCUCCGGUAGUGCCAAAUACGCCAGUAGCACAGCAAGCUCCAGGAGGCGACAGAAAGGCUCUGACUAUACUUCUACCUCAGAUGAGGAGUAUGACACCAACCAGAGCACUCCUAAACACAAACGCUCCCAACCUUCCUCAGCUUCCCACGGCCCUCGCAAUCAGCCUCGACCCCAACCGGUGGUCGCACUGCGUUCGAAACCUCGGUCUAGAGAUUCAGAGGACGAGAACCAUGAAGGAGAUGCCUUCCACAACUGGUCUAAUCACAGUGCUGAGAUUGCACGGUUGAGUCAAGACCUGGCUAAAGACCUAGCCAUCCUGGCAAGAGAGAUCCAUGAUGUGGCAGGUGAUGGUGAUCAACAGAACUGUGGAGCAGAGAGCGGUGCACCCACAUCCACAGUGACUGAUCAUGAACAGAACAUUCCAGAGGCCGGAUCAAACUACCAGAGAGCACCACCAGGUUCUGCUGCUGCAAAAGACCCUGAGCAGAAUUCAAGUGACGGUGAACAGAAACUUAGGCAGCGGGCUCAGAGCAGAGACGAGGUCAUUGUAGACAAUGUGAUGCUGAAUCCAGUGUCUCAGAUCAUCGUGGCCAUUAGAGAAAACACAGAGGAGCUCACUGAGAAAAUAAAGGUACUGUUUCAGGACAAGAUGGACAUGUGGGAGGAAAUUGAAGCAAAACUUGAUUCUGAAAAUGACCUUCCUGUUGUCAAAACUUCAAACAAGGAAAUGACAUCGAUCUUGAAAGAGCUCAGAAGAGUUCAGUGGCAGCUCGAGGUCCUCAAUACAGUUAUAGAGCCCAGUGGCCAGUCUGAAGCGACCCGGACCUCAGCGCCUCCUGUCUCUUCAUCUGGAGUUCGGUCCUCCAAACCCACAUCCUCACGUGACUGGAGGACGGUCCACUCUGUGUCCAAACGAGGCGGCGGUCCAAGGCCUGGAGAGAGCAUCAGGAGAGCAGCGGUGACACCCAAUGAUGUCAGGGAGGGAUAUCUGGUCUGAGAUACAGUACAAAUGCUGAAUGUCUGCUGUAACCUCACACAUACAUGUACACGUACAGGUGCUAGAUGACAGCUCACAAAAUAGAACCAACAGGAGGAAGUGAGACUUGAUACCUAGAAUAUUUUUAACAGAAGUGUGGCCUCCUGUUAAAAAACAUACACACGACUGCACUAUUAGCACUACACACACACACUGACUGCACUCAGUGGUGUAAUACACAGUCUGGCCUGCACUGAACACCCUUAGAAUACACUCAAGAAGUGGUGAAAGGAAGAAGACGGUACUACAUCAGUCGAUCUUCACUCACCUCUGAAAGGCCUUCAAUGCUCUACUUGAUUAUCUGUGUGUUUGCCAAUGAUGGGAUCCUUAUUGCUGAUUUUGAAGCACUCACUGUAAUUGCAGUUCAAAGAAAAGCAGCCUGAGCAUAGCCAACUCAGGGAAAUAGAGUAGUAAAUAAAACUUCUGUAUUGAGUGACAAAUCACUUUUUCUGUGGAAAUGCUAGUGCUGUUUGUUGGAGCAGAGAGAUCUGUGGUUACACCUAUCACAGUGUCAACCCAGUGCAUUUCCAUAUAGAUAUAUUUUCAUUGUGUAUAUGUUUAUUUGGACCAGAUUUAUCAAAGAAUGUAUAAAGUAUUUUUAGUGGUAUUUAAGAGGUCGCUCUAGGGCUGAGUCUUUGUUCUCUUCUAAGACACUGUGGUGAGAUGAUUGACUUUGGGGAAAAAAGUGGGACACUGUAGUGCCAGACAAAGGAAUUUUAUAUUAGUUUUUUCUACAAGCAACAUUCUUCUCAUCUCCAGUGUUGUGCCUCUGUGCAGGCCCAUCCCAGUAGGUGGACACUAUCUAUUUUGUGAAACUGGGGGUGAAAGUCGCUCAGGAAUGUGUGAUCCGAAUAGAAGGAGGGGCUUAGUCCGGCUCAGUCACUUGGCAACAACAAACCCAAGUGGCAGUGAAACAAAAGUAGCGCGGUCUUCGGCAUUCCUGGCCUCUCUGACUUUGUGGAAAGUGUUUUUUUUUUUUUUUUUUUGGUAAACUUGUCAGAGUUUAUAAAUCAAAGGGCUUAAUUUUUCUUGUUCUGGUGUUUCCCAAGCCUGCAGAGCUGAAGGGCUUGAGGUUUGGCCAAAGACAAUGACUGACAGAAAUAAUGUGAUUCCCAGUGAUACAGCAUCAUUCCUAUAAAGCACAUCCCCUGUGAUACACUACAGACAUAAACGGUCUAGGUGAUAACACUAAAGUACUUGUGACUUUAUUUCCUCUGGAGUCACAAGGUCACUUCUGGUCAGUCCUCACAUGACAGGAGAAGUAAUGUAAUUUUAACACUUAAGUUGAACAUAUGAAACUGUUUUAUUAAUUAUUAGUAUAUAAAUAUCUAAAGGUUUUCUAUGUGUCCUACAAAUUACCUCUUGAUCUUGUCUUUUGCACUAAUGUAGUACAACAUUACCCCCUCGACUUCGUAUGCUGCAGAUGAGAGCAUUUACUCUCUAGGGAGAUACCGUCAGCAUUUGAUGCUGUUGAGGUUGAAGCAGAAAAUAAAAAGAGACACACCAGCAAUUUUUUGUUUCCCUCUUCCCAGCCCAUGAUGUACAUGUGAUUAAAGUUGGGAGGUUCCUCCAAGUGCCCCAGAGCUGUGUGGGAUAGCCUUUCAACGCAGCCAAGUCCAGUGGUUGUUUACAAAGAAAUUGAAUGUUAGUCAUUUUGACUCUAGUGUUGCUGCUAUUUGUCUGCUAUGGAAUGGUAUUUUCCCUUUUGCUUUACUCCAUCUAAGUCAAAGCUACAGUGAGUCAGAGAGCUGAUCUUUAGCGUUUGUGUCAAAUGUGUCCCUUUUUUUUUUUUUUUUAAAACAUUCAAUGUAUGUUUCACUUUCUUUUACUUAGAAUUACUCGGUUCGAGUUUUGCUGUCUUGUAAGUUGAUAUUUAUGUUUGAUUAUUUGUUCAAUUUGUAGUUGAUGAUUUUUGCAAAUAAAAUUCAAUUAUCAAAUUU